UAUAUACCUUAAAGGCUUAUUGAAAAUGAAAUGCCUCUUAAUUAUUGAAAAUGGUAAUAUUUAAUGGAUCGGCCCGAAUUAAAAUCUUUGAAGCAAAAAAUCUUAAACCUACAAAUUUGGCUACUCGUCAUCUAGUCUCAGCCAAACAAAAUCCAGCUCUCAUUGAUCCUUAUGUCUCGAUUAAUGUAGAUGAUCUUUUUAUAUCCCGAACUACCACAAAACUAAAAACACUGAGUCCUUCUUGGAAUGAAGAAUUCAAAUCAAAUGUGCAAAAUGGUCAAAUUCUGGGAAUGACAGUUUUUCACGAUGCUGCAAUUCCUCCUGAUGAAUUUGUUGCAAAUUGUCAAAUAACAUUUGAAGAUUUACUUCUAAAAAAGCUCAAUGAUAUAUGGAUAGAUUUGGAACCAUGCGGGAAAUUACACGUCAGUAUCGAGUUAAAGGGCUCAACAUGUGAAGUCAAGGAAAGAGUCUUCAAGGAAAAGCAGGAAGGGUUCAAAAACAAAAGGAGGGGUGCCAUGCGGAGGAAAGUUCAUCAAAUAAACGGACACAAAUUUAUGGCCACGAUUUUGCGCCAACCCACCUUUUGUUCACACUGCAAAGAAUUCAUAUGGGGUUUGGGCAAACAAGGAUACCAAUGUCAAGUGUGUACGUGCGUUGUUCACAAAAGAUGUCAUCACCAGGUGUUAACUAAGUGUCCAGGUUUGUUGUUUUACGACAGGACUAAAGAUGAAGAUAUUAUAGAGGAGGAAGACGAGAACGAAGAGGAGGAUCAAACAAACAUAAAGAAACCGUCUUCCAACAGAAAGAGAUUUUCACGUAGAGUUCAUUCCAAAAGGCUCAAUUUUCCGACCAACGAAGACGGCUCUCAAGUCAGACUAGGGCCGGACGAUGCCGCUCUUAACUUGACAUCCGGCACCCGCUUCAAUAUCAAUAUACCCCACCGUUUUUUGCUUCACAAUUAUAAGAGGCCUACUUUUUGCGAUCAUUGUGGCAGUCUACUGUACGGCAUAAUCAAGCAAGGCCUGCAAUGCGAAGCGUGCAAAUUAAAUAUCCACAAACGUUGCGAGAGAAACGUUGCACCGAAUUGCGGAAUAAAUGCAAAAGAAAUGGCCGCUGUCCUUGCCCAGAUCGGAAUUUCUGGCGAUAAACUAUCCGUCAGAAAGAAAAAGCCAUCCUUCAGUGAUUCCCAUCUAGGAAGUCAAGUAAUUCAUUCAAGAUCUCAUUCUUCCCCAUUGCCAGCCAUCAAUUCUAUAGCGCAAGAAAGUGAUGAGGCCAACUACGAAGCCACAGAAUUGAUUAAAAACGUUAAAAAUGCAAUUCAUCCCAUCAAAAAGCCUUCCAUAUCCGAUUUCCAGUUUAUAAAAGUUCUAGGGAAAGGAAGCUUCGGGAAGGUGAUGCUGGCAGAAAGGAAAGGGUUUGACGAGGUUUACGCCGUUAAAAUCCUCAAAAAAGAUAUCAUAAUUCAGGAUGACGACGUCGAAUGUACUAUGACUGAGAAACGUAUACUGAUAUUAGGUGCUAGGCACCCUUUUUUAGUCGCGCUUUUCUGUUCUUUCCAGACCAAGGACCGCCUAUUUUUCGUUAUGGAAUACGUGAACGGAGGCGACCUAAUGUUUCAAAUACAAAAGGCUAGAAAAUUCGAAGAAUCUAGGGCAAAGUUCUAUUCCGCCGAAGUCAUGCUAGCCUUACAAUUUCUUCACAAGCACGGUGUUGUAUAUAGGGAUCUGAAAUUAGAUAACAUUCUGUUGGACAGUGAUGGCCAUUGUAAAAUAGCCGAUUUUGGGAUGUGUAAAGAAAACAUUUUCGAAUCUGAGCUGACUUCCACUUUUUGUGGAACGCCAGAUUACAUCGCUCCAGAGAUCCUUCAAGAACUCGACUACGGCGUGAGCGUGGACUGGUGGGCCCUUGGCGUGCUGAUGUACGAAAUGAUGGCCGGUCAACCCCCUUUCGAGGCUGAGAACGAGGACGACCUUUUCGAUUCCAUCCUUCACGAUGACGUGUUGUACCCCGUUUGGCUCUCUAAGGAGGCCGUCUCCAUACUUAAAGGAUUCAUGUGCAAGAAUCCUUCCAAAAGAUUGGGCUGCGUUGUAUCCCAAGGCGGCGAGCAGGCUAUUAAACUACACCCAUUUUUUAGUGAUAUCGACUGGAUCGCCCUUGAGUGUAAGAAGAUUAAGCCUCCAUUCCGACCAAAAAUCAAAACCAAAAAGGACGUCAAUAAUUUUGAUCAAGAUUUUACCAAAGAGGAGCCUACCCUGACCCCCAUCGAAAAUUCGGAAAUAUUGGCAUCGAUAAAUCAAGACGAUUUUAGAGAUUUUUCUUUCUACAAUCCAGAUUUUUCUAAAGCCAAAAUCCCGCUACAGAAUCCUUCGAUUAGCAUUUCAAAGCCUGCUUCUACUACCACGACCUUAAACUCGAACACAAAAUAAAAUUAAAAUUACGCAAAUAUUUUUUUUAAACUUUCCCCGGUGAUAGGCAAAAAAAUUUUUUAUAACGAGAAGAAAGUAAAAUU